AUGAAAAUUCUCAAAUUAUCGAUUGAUGAUAUCUAUAUUAUUGAUAUGCCAAUUCUAGAAGCAUUAUUUGGUCACACAUCUCCAAUCUCAACUCCAUAUGGAACUUUUUGUAGAUUGGCUUUGAAUUCAUUCAUUAUGUUAUUCGAUGAAGUAACAAAUGGAAUGAAUCUAUUCCGAAGAGGAGGACUAAAAAAGGAAAAUUUUCCAAAAAUCAUCGAAUGGUUCACAAAUUUCACCAAAGAUGACCAGCUUUUCAGUGCUAAUCGGAAUCAACGAUUUUUGAUCGAAACGUGGAAAUUGGAAGAAAUCAUUGACCGAGCAUAUAUUGAACUUGAACAAUUUAUGACUGAUGUGAGUUUAUGGAAAAUUAAAUGAUUCUUUUCAAUUAAUAAAAAGGAAAAAAAAGAUUAAAGGAAUAUUUUAGAAGAGAGAUAAAAAAGGAAAAAUAAACAAGAAAAAGGGGAACUCUAGCGCGCUAUCGUCUCGACCUUUAAAAGGGUCACCUUUUUAAUAGACGGUAUUUAUCUAUUUGAAUUACCCGAUUAUAUUUUUAAGUUGAAAGUUCCUGAAAAUACUGAAACUUUUUUAUUAGAAAUUGAUUAUAAUUGCUAAUGUGAUUCAGGUCGAAAAAACUUUAAAAAAAAACGUUUUUUUACAAACACACCUCGGCCAAGCAGUGGCUGGCCAGAGUACAAUUUUUUGAAAAAUCUAAAUUUCAGUUUUUAGAGGUCAAAAAUUGAAAAAUCAAACUUUUUAGAGGACAAAAACUGAAAAAUUCACAAUUUUUGUACUGUAAAAAGUUAGCGUACAAUUUUUUAUUGUGGAAACCACGAUUUUGGCCGAGGUGUGUUUACAAAAAAAUUCGAUUCAGCAAAUGUCAAAAAACCCUAUUUUUCCACACAAAAAUGAAAUAUAUCUCGCAGCGAAAAUGUUUCAAUGAAAAAAAUGUCGAAAAAUAGGAAAAAAAUAUAAUUUUUUGACAUUUGCUGAAUCGAAAUUUUUUGUAAAAAAAACUUUUUUUUUAGUUUUUUUUCGACCUGAAUCACCCCAUAAAAGAAAAUCAACCUUAUUAUUUAAAAAAAAACAUGUCAUUUAUUUCAGCCAAUUCAAAAACUCCCGAAACCACCAAUUGAAAUAUCAUAUGCAUUAAAAGAACUUUGUAAAUGGUCAGAAGAUUGUGAAGAUGUUUGCUAUCAAAUCAAAUUAGCUAUUGAAGGGGAUAUUCACAGCGGUUUAUCAUUCAAUAUUCUUCUCGAACAUCGGAGAUAUGUUUUCAAUUAUAUUCUCACCAAACAUUCGAAAAUUGAUAAGUUUUGUGCGAAUCAAGGAUUUUUCCUAAAAGUUAGAUAUACCUCUAAUCCUGUUGCGGAUACGAAGCCAGUUCAAGUUUCUGCUAGCGAGAUGAUGAAACUUCGAGAAGAAGAAUUUAUGUGAGAGUUUUUUUUACAAACAACGUUUUUUUUCUUUGAAAUUUCAGGAAAAUUCUUCCAACAAUUCCACUUCAUUUUGAAAUGACUUGCAAACAAUUGCAUAAGAAAAUUGAAGAAAAUAUUUCGAAACGUGGUCCCGUUUGGUAUGAAUGUGUAGGUUUUUUGAAUUUAAUACAACUUUUAAAUAGUCAUUUUUCAGGAAAUUGAAGAUCAACGCAAAAAUUUAGAACUCUUCGAUAAAUUUAUGGAAUUUAUCGAUGUUGCUAUAACAAAAGAACAUGAAUGUUAUGUGAAAAGAAAAUUGAUUCCUUCCAAACGAGAGAAAAUUUAUCACGAUUCCUUAUUUUCUGAUAAGAAACUGUUGAACACUGUAUUAUUUCAAGGAGGUCCAUUUUUAAAAGCAUAUCGUGAACGACUUGAAGAAAUCAUGUAUGAAACUGAUAAUGAAGAGGUCGUGAAAUCGAUUACAAACGCUUUGAAAAAUUUCGAAAUGUUUAAUUUCGAACCGCCUGUAUAG